CUGGGUGAGGGCCGUCACAUUGAGUGGAAGCCGUUCCAUCAUAAGAAAGCAUUCAAAAUCUGAAGCUAAUUUCCGACUGCCGACGAGCACAAUCCAAGCAAAAUGUCGAUCAUUAGGCGGAGCAACGUCUUCGACCCCUUCUCCCUCGACAUCUGGGAUCCUUUCCAGGGCUGCCCUUUCCUCGCCGAGUCCCGCCCUGGCUUCGUGAGCGAGACCUCCGCCUUCGCCAACACCCGCAUGGACUGGAAGGAGACCCCGGAGGCCCACAUCUUCAAAGCCGACCUCCCCGGGGUUAAGAAAGAGGAGGUGAAGGUGGAGGUAGAGGAGGGCAGGGUCCUCCAGAUCAGCGGCGAGCGCAGCAAGGAGAAAGAGGAGAAGAACGACAAGUGGCACCGCGUCGAGAGGAGCAGCGGAAAAUUCCUCCGACGGUUCCGGCUGCCGGAGAACGCCAAGGUGGACCAGGUGAAAGCAUCGAUGGAAAACGGGGUUUUAACGGUGACCGUGCCCAAAGAGGCGGUGAAGAAGCCCGAGAUGAAGUCCAUUGAGAUAUCUGGCUGAAGUGGGAAAUUCUGGGUCGGAAAGUAUAAAGAUGUAUUCUCCUUCAAUAAGGUCAUGGAGAUCGUCGGGUGACGGUUGCCAAAUGUGUGCGCUUCCUGUUUUUGUUUGCUUUCUAAGGGUUGGUCAUCGGUGUGUAAUUAGUGUGUUUUUUUUUGCUAUAGGUGUGUAAUUAGUGUGUUCACCGAGUAAGAUUGGUUUGGUUUUGUCUUGGUACCGUACAGUUGCCUUUUCAAGGAAAAUAAUCUGUGCUUUACGAA